UCAAAAUCAGUUGCAUUCAUAUAAACGCCUCGAUUUUUGAUGGGCUUUUUAUUCGUAAUUUUAUGGUUCGGUUUACUGGGAGGUUUAUCCACCACUUUAUGGAUACUUGAUCAUUUUUCAGUGUCCGUUCAUAAACUUCCCAAUGCAAUACCGUCCAAUAUUAACCUGUAACUUUUAAAUUCAUUUACCACAUUGUCAAAAUGGCUCAGGCGUUUAUAACCACCAAUUUGGACACUUACAGAUGGCCUCCUUAUCAAGACCGUGCUGAAAUACAUGUAAGUUUGGUAGAAAAAUAUUAUACUUCAGUACCGGCUGGAGAAAAUGAGUGGAAAGUGGUCGACGCCAAUCCCGUGAAACCUUUUGAACACAUUUCCAACGAGGAAUUGCGAAAAUUCAUUAAAAAAUUGGUACUUUCACGUUACAGAACAUCGUAUCAGGACCAUUACCGCGAUCCACGUGACGCUCAGGAACAAGUAAUGGACUUGCUUUCCAAGCAUGAGCUGCAGCUGUACAAAGAUGCCGAGCACUUGAACACAUACACGGGGAAAACUUUGAAGGUUCCACCUCAGGCAACUUUCCGAAAGAUUUUCGGAUACUGUCGUCCUCGGAGAUUUGGUCCAAAGUUGACAUCGUACCAGGUCCACCACGGGACCAUAGCCUUCCGCAGCUUAAGAGGCGACUACAUUGAAAGAGACGUGGAAGUCGUCGAAGUACCAGACUCCAAACCGACUAAGAAGAAAGCGAAAUUGAAAAAGAAACAUGAAAAAACUGAUGCCUGUGAAUGUAAGGAGGAUUUGAAAAUUAAAAAGUUGGUCCACCGACAAUAAUCGAUUUGUAAUUUAUGUGCGACAGUUUAAUAAAUUGACGGAGACUCGA